AAGAUCAACAAUAAAAUUAUUUUAAACCAAAUGCCAUUUUUUUUUCCACAAAACUUUCAAAAUCGAACCACCGUCUAAAGAAAUGACACAGUGAAAUUCAAAUUUCAAUUUAGAGUCUGCGAUCUAACCGGCUGAUUUGGCUGAAGAAGCAAAUCGGAGAUGAGCGGUGCGAGACUGUGCUCUCUGGUGGCGGAGCUAGGUUACGAAGGCGCCGGGAAGCUAGACCCGGACAGCUUCGAAUGGCCGUUCCAGUACGACGACGCACGCCCUAUCCUCGACUGGAUCUGUUCCUCUCUUCGCCCCUCCAAUGUCCUCUCCCUCCCCGAACUCUCCCUAUAUGAGCAGUUUCGAAGAGAAGGGAGGCUCUUAGAGGGCGAGGAUCUAGACCAGGCCUAUGAUAGCAUAUCAGCAUUUUCUUCCAGGAGAAAUAACCAAGAGGCAGUUUUUGGAGCAGAAGAAAGCAUAAAAGAAGUAAGAGAUGCAACUUUGGCGCAUAAGGCUGAAGCUUUGGAGUUGCAGAGGCAGCUAAGGAGGUUACAGACACAAUAUGAUUUACUAACUGGCCAAUCUUCAUCUCUGAUUCAAGGGAGACGUGCUCGAGUUGCUGCUACUUCUGCUGUAACUGGACAGAUAACAGCUAUAGAAGACAGUUUGUCUGCUAGAAAUUUGCAGAUGAAUGGAGUUCUAGGAAGAUUGGCUUCCACUUCUCAAGAGCUGGCGCAUUAUCAUUCCGGCGAAGAGGAUGGAAUCUACUUAGCUUACUCCGAUUUUCAUGCCUACUUGGCUGGAGAUUCAGCAUGCACAAAGGAGCUAAACCAGUGGUUUACUAAGCAGCUGGACACAGGGCCAUACCGUUUAGUUGCAGAGGAAGGAAAAUCUAAAUGCUCAUGGGUUAGUCUCGAUGAUACAUCAAACAUGUUGCUAGCAGAUUUGGAAAAGUCACAACAUGAACGUGUAUCUGAACUGCAGCGGCUUCGAUCCAUCUUUGGAACAAGUGAGAGACAAUGGAUUGAAGCCCAGGUUGAGAACGCUAAGCAACAAGCUAUUCUCUUGACACUGAAAUCUCAAGUAACAUCAGUUGAAGCUCAUAUUCAUUUUGAUCUACAUUCUCUAAGGAGAAAACAUGCAGAUCUAGUCGAAGAAAUCUCUACCCUUUAUCAGAAAGAAGAAAAACUCUUAUCUGAGACUAUUCCUGAACUAUGUUGGGAGCUUGCUCAACUCCAGGACACCUAUAUCUUGCAAGGUACUCAACAUUUACUCUCUGCUCUUUACUUGUUGCUUUUUGAUGAUUUUGGGAUUUCAUACGAUUUUACUCACCAUAACCUUGUAGGUGACUACGAUCUAAAGGUCAUGCGUCAAGAACUGUAUAUUAGUAAGCAGAAAGUGUUCAUCAAUCAUCUGGUUAAUCAGCUUGCAAGACACCAGUUCUUGAAAUUAGCAUGUCAGCUAGAAAAGAAAAACAUGCUUGGAGCAUUCUCUCUGUUAAAAGUAAUUGAAUCCGAACUCCAGGGUUACCUCUCCGCCACAAGAAGCCGUGUGGGACGGUGUUUGUCACUGAUCCAAGCUGCAUCUGAUGUCCAAGAACAAGGAGCAGUGGAUGACCGUGACAGCUUUUUACAUGGAGUUAGAGAUCUCUUGAGCAUUCACUCAAAUGUCCAAGCCGGGUUAUCAACUUAUGUCUCAGCUCCAGCCAUCAUUCAGCAGAUAGUUUCUCUUCAAUCGGAUCUAUCAUCUCUUCAGUCUGACCUCGAGAAUUCCCUUCCAGAUGACAGAAAUAGAUGCAUUAACGAGCUGUGUACCCUUAUUCAGAAUCUGCAGCAACUUCUCUUUGCAUCUUCAACUACGGCACAGCCCAUAUUGACACCAUGGCCGCUGAUGAAAGAACUUGAUGAGAUGGGAAAAAUCAACUCCAAACUCUCUGCAGCAGUGGAGGAGGUAACGCUAGAGCACCGCGAGAAAAGGGAGAUCGUGAAACAUCACUCCAAGGACGUGGAACUUCAAAGACGAGUAUUCAUGGACUUUUUCUGCAACCCAGAGAGACUGAGAAGCCAAGUGAGGGAACUCAAUGCACUGGUUCGUGCUCGCCAAGCCUCAUCUUAGGUCGUCACCACAAGUAUAUAUAGCACAUGUUAUCUCUAGUUUGCCAUUUCACAUACUCUAUGAUUGUAUACAAAGCGUUUUCACUGCGUUUUGAUUUCGUUUGCUAUUCUACUUUUUAUUUUCUGAGAUGUCUAUGGAUUUUUACUAUUUACUGCCAGACUUCCAUUGUUUCCAAGUUCCAUGAGCAAAAACAUUUCUAUUUGCUUUA